CAAUGCCAAAAAACAAAGGAAAGGGAGGGAAAAAGCGAAGACGAGGGAAAAAUGAAAAUGACAUUUUGAAGAGAGAAUUGGUUGAAAAAGAUGGAGAAAAUCAAGCCUAUGCACAAGUUCAGAAAAUGCUUGGGAAUGGUCGUCUGACAGCUUUUUGUUUUGAUGGAAAACAGCGGCUUUGUCAUAUUCGAGGCAAAUUGAGGAAGAAAGUUUGGAUAACGCCUGGCGAUAUUAUUCUUGUUGGACUUAGAGAUUAUCAAGACGAAAAGGCAGACGUAAUUCUAAAAUACACACCGGAUGAGGCUCGUAUUCUCAAAAAUGUUGGUCAGUUGCCUGAAAGUACAAAAUUAAACGAAGGCGAAGAGGAAGAUGCUGGAGGGGUUGAAUUUAUUGAUUCUGGCGAGCAUUACAGCGAGGACGAAGUUGCUGCUCAAGACAGAAAUUUCUCUCUUAGUGAAAGUAGUGAAGAGGAGUCAGAUGAAGACGAGGAGGAGGAGGAAGAAGAAACAAAUAUUAAAAGUAAAGGAAAGGUUAAAUAAACUUUAAAAACUGAGGGAAAUUAUUUUGGGAUUUAAAAUUAUAUUAUGGUCCUAUCGGUUAUACGCCCACAAACAGAAUGCCAUCCGAUCUUGAUUAAUACUGGACUUAUUUUGUUAUAACUUUUAAAUGCGUGAUCGACUUGAUCUAUCCUAUAGAAA